UACUGUAGUAAGUGUAAAGUCGAGGUCUAUAUGAUAGCAUUUUUUUCUUUUCUUCUGGUUGCUAAAUUAAAAAAAAAAAAUCUGACUAAAUAUAAGCGACUGUAGAGAUCGAGGAGAUCUAAUAUAAUUGUAAUUUGUACAAUUUUAAACUUAACAUCACAAACUGGCCCUUUAAAACAAAAGUGAAAGUGCUGUAGUACUUGAGGCAGAGUUCAGGUGACUACUGUUCCUAUCUCGUCCAUUUGUAAUUGUAAUUUGCCACUGCAGUAGCCCGUGCUAAACUGGAUGUUCCCUGAUGAUGUACUCCACUACUGCACAUUGACCAGCAAGGAUUUUUACGGAUGAGCACUGGCAGCCCACGUGUGAGGUAAUCCCCUACCAGACAUUUCACACGUCCCAGCACUGCUUGGGUUUCACACCCAGUUAGCGAAAAGUGACUGGCAACUCUAAGCUUUACUUUCAUUUCCACAGUAUAUUUCUAAAUUGCAAGAAUAGGCUAUUGAACUAUGACUGCAAUGGGGAAAAUAUUAAUCCUCCAAGUGCUGAAAAUGUCAGUGUGGUUCCAGCUUUUGCUUAUUUGCAAAGCACAUCAGGAUCCCAUAGCAACCAAUGGGGAUCUAUUUCCCUGGAACAAGGUGAGACUUCCUGGUAAGAUCGUACCAGUUCACUAUGACCUCCGAAUCCACCCCAAUCUGACCAGUCUGAACUUCACUGGGACUGUGAAGAUUGAGGUGCUGGUCAAAGAGGAAACCAGGUUCGUCAUCCUGCACAGCAAAGACUUAGAAAUCACCAGAGCAACCAUCAUCCCAGAAGAAGACCUGAAAACUGAGAGUCUAGGAAAGAAUGUCAGUGUUCUGGAGUACCCAUCUCAUGAGCAAAUUGCAUUGCAAGCUGCUGAGCCAUUAGCAGCUCACAGAAAGUACCACCUCUACAUUGAAUUCCGUGCCAGUCUAGCGGAAGGCUUUGAUGGCUUCUACAAAAGCACAUAUCGGACAGUAGAUGGUGAAAAAAGGAUACUGGCGACCACAGAUUUUGAGCCUACAGCAGCCCGCAUGGCAUUCCCCUGCUUUGAUGAACCAUCUUUUAAAGCCACGUUCUCAAUUAAAAUAUCCAGAGAAAGACAGCACCUUGCACUGUCUAACAUGCCCAAGAUAAUGACCCUUGAGCUUGAAGGGGGGCUGUUGGAAGACCACUUUGAUAAGAGCGUCAAGAUGAGCACCUACUUAGUAGCGUAUAUAGUUUGUGACUUCAGGGCUGUGAGUGCUGUCACCUCUUCAGGUAUUAAGGUCUCAGUUUAUGCUGUUCCGGAGAAGUGGAAUCAAACCCACUAUGCUCUUGAAGUAGCAGUAAAAAUGCUGGAGUUCUAUGAGAAUUAUUUUAAUAUAAGCUAUCCUCUGCCUAAACAGGACCUUGUUGCUAUCCCAGAUUUCCAGUCAGGUGCCAUGGAAAACUGGGGCCUGAUUACCUACAGAGAGACGUCUCUGCUUUAUGACCCUCAGACAUCCUGUGAUGCAGAUAAACUAUGGAUUACCAAGGUCAUAGGGCAUGAACUGGCUCACCAGUGGUUCGGUAACUUGGUUACAAUGGAGUGGUGGAAUGACAUCUGGCUGAAUGAAGGCUUUGCCAGGUACAUGGAGCGUGUGUCUGUCAACAGCACCUAUCCAGACAUUCAGAUUGAUGACUACUUUUUAAACGUGUGCUUUGGAGCCAUGGCAAGAGAUUCCCUAAACUCAUCUCAUCCGAUCACCAACCCAUCAGAAACCCCAACUGAAAUCAUGGAAAUGUUUGAUGCAGUCUCUUAUGACAAGGGAGCAUGUGUGCUCAACAUGCUGAAAGACUUCCUUACAGAAGAUGUCUUCCAGAGUGGAGUUAUCCGUUACCUGCGCAGGUACAGCUACAAGAAUGCAAAGAGUGACGACUUAUGGGACACCAUGGCAAAUAUUUGUUCAGAAGAAGACUUCACUGGAGGAUUCUGCUACACACGCUCACAAGCACAGACACAUGCUUACCACCAUGCAAACAUGCAUUUAAAAGAGAUGAUGGACACUUGGACCCUGCAGAUGGGGAUUCCUCUCAUUGUUGUGGAGCGCAGUGGCAAGCAGGUCCGAAUCCAUCAGGAGCGUUUCCUGAAAGGAGUACUGCAGGAAGACCCUGAAUGGGCUGUGCUGCAGUCUGGGUACCUGUGGCAUGUUCCUCUCACCUACUUUACCAGCGGAUCUGGAAGUGUUGGAAAACACUUACUGAGAACAAAAUCAGAUACCAUUGAGCUGGAGGAAGAGGUGAGCUGGGUGAAGUUCAAUGCUGAUAUGAAUGGAUAUUAUGUUGUACACUAUGAGGGAGAUGGAUGGGACUCGCUGAUUCACUUACUGGAGCGGAACCACACUGCUCUGAGCCACAAGGACAGAACCAACCUCAUCCACAAUGCAUUUCAGCUGGUCAGUGUUGGGAGGCUUUCACUGGACCGGGCCCUUGACCUGACCUCAUAUCUGAGACGGGAGUCAGAGAACAUCCCGCUGCUGCAGGGUGUGGGCUACCUAGAGGUGCUGUACCGAAUGAUGGAGAGGAGGGGCAUUUCAGAUGUGGCAGAAGGUCUAAAGAGAUACAUCCUGCAGUACUUUAAAAGUGUGAUUGACAAGCAGACCUGGAGUGAUGGAGGCUCAGUGUCAGAGAAGAGACUUCGAACUGAACUCCUGGGGCUGGCCUGUGUCCUGGGCUACCCUCCCUGCAUUGAAAAGGCAAACCAGCUCUUCGCAAGUUGGGUGAACUCAAACGGCAGUGUCAGCCUGCCUACUGAUGUCUUGAGGACAGUGUACCUUAUUGGAGCCCAGACUUCAGAGGGGUGGAACAAGCUCCUGGAGUACUACAGGGUCUCGCAGUCUGCCGCUGAGAAAAAUAAGAUUCUGUCUGCACUGACUCAGAGCAGAGAUACCGACAAACUUACAAAGCUAAUUGAACUCAACAUGGAAGGAGAGGUGAUUAAAACACAGGACCUUGCAGCUGUCAUUGCAGCCAUCAGCAGAAACCCAGCUGGCCAGGAUCUGGCCUGGAACUUUGUGAGGAAUAACUGGAGCAAACUAUUACAAAAGUUCCACUUGGGGUCCUCUUCUAUAAGAGCCCUCAUAUCUGGCACAACUUCACAUUUUUCUUCAAAGGAAGAGCUUGAAGAGGUCAAGGUGUUUUUCGAUUCAAUCGAAGGACAGGGGCAAGAACUGAGGAUUACUCAGGUUGUCCUAGAAGUGAUUCAGAAGAAUAUCAGGUGGCUGGAGAGAAAUCUGCAUGUGUUGAGAAAGUGGCUUGUGGACCAUGUUCAGAGAAGCUAGAACUUAUGGAGGUUAGAGCUCUUGGAUUUGUCUCAAAUUGAUCUGGAUCUACUUUAAUUGAACCUGGUUCAGACCCAAUGAUAAUGAAAGGAAUCUAGCAAGAAGCUACUCAACAAUAAUGCUACGCUUCAUCUUGCAAGCACGUUGUUUCUUGCUAUAUACGGUACUGUUGUAACUAUUUUAUACUUGGACUAUACUGUUUGUGACAAAUAUAAACUCAGACAUUCAACAUUGUGUUAAAUUGAAUUGUUUAUUUUAACAGUCAUGCAUGUACAGUACAUGCUUACAGAUAUGCAUGCAGUUUUAUUUCUGGUUUAGUUAGUAACAGAAAAACUUAAAUCACUAUUUUUUGUGAAUAAAAUACAGUUGAUUGAC